GAUCGGAUCUCCACUAACACCAAACUCUUCUAGUCUAGAGGUCCAAAAGGUAAAAAUGGAAGAAAAGGGAUCCGGCCGGAGCACGGCCGGCGACGAUCGAGCACCAUCUUUAAUUUGCGGCUAUAAAAACGUUACGAAGCUGCUUUCAGGAAUGGAAAAUCAUUCAUCAAUUAACUAGCUAGCACCAACCAUUAUAUAUAUAUUCCAAACAGCUAGCCAUGGCAGCAGGUUUCAUCUUCCCCAAACCAUUCCUAGUCGCAGCCACGGUGGUGCUACUUAUUACGGGAUAUUUAAUGGGCGGCGGAUCUUGGGCUGACGACACUACUCCUAAAUAUUGCGGUGACACCCUGGCGGCCGAUCAGACCAAUUUCCCUGGGUACGUUGAUUUUGUCCUUCAGGCUCUGGUUUCGUAUACGCACAACAGAGACGCAGACCCUACUACAGGCGAGACGAAGUUCGACGCAACAAAUCCAGUAGAUGGCGGUAUCGGUGCGGCCACCGGGUACGCGAUUUGUUACAGUGGCGUCAUCGGAGAUAGCUGCACCAAAUGUCUCAGAGGUGGGUGGCCGUAUGUGAGUUCAUGCAGAAAGUUUACAUCCGCCAGCAUUUACUUCGACCAGCGCUGCUUCCUUCAGUUCUCGCAACUCUAACUUAAAUCGUAACUCUCUUUUCUUUGUGGACUGGAUAAUAUAAUAAUAUAAUAUAAUGACCCCACCCGUACGUAUCUCUGUGCUUUGCUGUCCUAUAUAAUACCGUAUCUCCAUCUGUGCUUUUAGUUUCCAACUACGUACCUACUGUAUCAGUUCCUUACAAGCCAAGUUGCGUUGUAUUCUGUUUUUCUUUUUCCCUUCAAUCCAAUAAAACUUUCCUUUUGAU